ACCAGCUUUGGUGGAUUGGCAUUAUAGUUUGCCAUAUCUGCUAAAUGACAAACAGAGCCAAGAACGACUUUGGGAACAAAAAAUAAAACUUGUAAACUAGUCCAUUCUGCUGAAGGGAAAGAAGAUCAGCAAUCAUAGUCUUCUCCUUCCAUUGGUGUGCUUUCCGUGUUGCAAACUCGUUGGACUAAUCUGUUGCAGUUGCCUAAAAACAAAACUCUACAAAAGUCAAAAACCAAGUUUUCUAGCUUUUAUAGCUGCAUCCACCAGAGCUUCCUGAGCUGCUCCAUAGGCACUGCCUGCUGCACUGCUAGCAACUCCAGAAAACAUAAUCUCUCCCUAGAGAAUUAUUGAUUUUUCACUACAAAGAGGGAAAAAUGUCGCGAUACUUAAUUGAGCUUUAUCAAAACAAUAUGAAGACUAGUGGUGAAGAUAUACUAAGUGCAAUAAUCCCUUUGAUGAAACUUCUUUCCCUUACGGUUAUAGGUCUGGUUCUUGCACACCCCAAAACCAAAAUAAUCCCGAAAGCGACAUUUAAGCUUCUCAGCAAGCUUGUUUUUGCUCUCUUCUUGCCCUGCCUAAUAUUUACUGAACUGGGUGAAAGCAUUACAGUUGAGAACUUUGCUGAUUGGUGGUUUAUUCCAAUUAAUGUUGUAAUCAGUACAGCUAUUGGUUGCCUCCUUGGGUACAUAGUCGUGCUUAUUUGCCGCCCACCUCCACAGUUUAAAAGAUUUACCAUUAUCAUGACUGCAUUUGGUAAUACUGGAAAUAUCCCUCUUGCACUUGUCGGAUCUGUCUGCCAUACUAAAGAUAAUCCAUUUGGACCCAAUUGUCAUUCAAGAGGGGUGGCUUAUGUCUCUUUUUCUUCAUGGGUUUCUGUGAUUCUUGUUUAUACCCUUGUGUAUCACAUGAUGGAGCCUCCAAUGGAGUACUAUGAGAUUGUUGAAGAAGGGACUGAGAUUGAGAUUGAGGAACAAGAAGCAGUCAAUGAUGUCAGUAGGCCUCUCCUUGUUGAAGCUGAAUGGCCGGGUAUGGAAGAUAAAGAAACUGAGCAUUCAAAGCAACCCUCUAUUGCUAGAAUUUUCCAAAGCAUAUCAAGUGUUUCUCAGUCGUCUGUUCCUGACCUUGAGGUUACAGGAGAAGGAGCUCCGAACAGUCCCAGGUCCAUUAGGUGUUUGGCUGAGCCUAGAGUUGUCAGGAGGAUCAGAACUGUUGCUGUACAAACUCCAAUACAGCACAUACUUCAACCUCCAACUAUUGCUUCUCUUUUAGCUAUCAUCGUUGGGAUGGUGCCUCAGAUCAAGGCUUUUUUCUUUGGAUAUGACGCUCCACUAUCUUUUCUCACUGACAGUUUAGAGAUUUUAGCCGGUGCAAUGGUGCCUUCUGUGAUGCUUGUUCUUGGGGGUAUGCUUGCUGAGGGGCCAAUUGAUUCAAAACUUGGUCUUCGAACUACAAUUGGUAUAAGUGUGGCAAGGCUCUUGGUGCUUCCUCUUCUUGGAAUUGGUAUUGUUGCUUUGUCUGAUAAACUGAAUUUUUUGGUCAGCGGUGAUGAAAUGUACAGAUUUGUGCUUUUGUUGCAAUACACAACACCGAGUGCCAUUUUAUUGGGAGCAAUUGCCAGCUUGAGGGGAUAUGCAGUUAGCGAAGCUUCAGCACUGCUCUUCUGGCAGCAUGUGUUUGCCCUGUUCUCCCUUUCCUUGUAUAUCGUUAUCUACUUCAAAAUAAUCUCAUAUGUUUGAGGUUUGCAUCAUAUUUUACUGUCAUAAAGGCCCUCGGUCUAUAGGUUAGUGUUAAAAUGCCAUCAGAUUACUGCAGUCUCUCUGUCCAUUAUAGCAUAAUUGUUUAAGCAAGGUUUACUUGCUUAAUUGCUGCUCUGUGUUCUCUAGUGGGUACUGGUGAUGGAAGUGAAUGAUGCUUCUCCCCUGUAAAUUGAUGGUUCCUUUAUGAAACUUGAGUCAGUUCUUGUCUGUAAAAGCUUUGUAGCACCCAAUUUAGUCAUCUUAUUUUGAUUAGAAAUUGUAUAUAGCUCUGACAUUUUUUGUUAAAUUAUGUCAAUGCCUUGUUUUCACCUGAAAAUGAAAGGCUUAGAUCUGCCCUCCCCUUUUUCUUUCUCUUCAUUUGAUACUGCAAGUUCUAAACCAUCCUUGUCAUGUUUUAUGUUAUAAAUCCAGCUUGUACUGAUGGUUGUCCAAUUAAAUAAAUGAAUGAAUCCAGCAUUUAUUGAAA